CACACGCUUUGACUCAAGCUGAAUUUCCGGUUCUUGUCUGAAUUGAGUCAUCUAAAUAGAAUUUAUUAUUUCUGAAAUAUUCUAUUCCUCGUACCGCCUCCCCGUAUUUAAGGCCGUUCUGUUCCUUUACCUUUUUCUCAUACUACGUCCCAUCAUCGCCCUCCGACGUCGUUUUAAACAGCGUGCUCUAAUCCUGUCGUCUCCACUAAACAAGCUUAGUCCUUUACCGCUUGGUACCCUUUGUUGCCCAACUAAGCCUCAUGUUCGAGGAGAUCUGCCUCACAUGCUCGAAACACCUCCGCGAUGAUGGUCGUGCUUAUUGCAGUGAUGAAUGCGAAAAUUCGGACAUGUACAAUUCUCCGUCUAUUUCUUCUGCCAGCAGUGCCCUUUCUUCUCCAUACAUCGGUUUUGCCCCCGGUGGCGAAGUUCCAGCACUCAUGCCGUCUGCAUUAGGAACCGCACUCAGCAGUAAUUUUCAGAAGCGAGGCCGGUACUCUGUCUCGUCUUCGUCCACGUCCUCGGCUUCGUGGUCCGUCUUCACUGAUGCAGAAGAGGAAGGCUAUGCUUCUGUCGGCAUUGACGACGAAGCUUCCUAUGAAGGAGAUGGUUUAGAAUCAGGUGUAUCCGGCGACGGCUUCGCACGGUCCCAAGGCUUCUUACAUCCGUGUAAGCCCUCAGGACUUAGCUACACUCGCCAGCCAUCGGCUACCAAUAACCGCUCAACCAUUCCCCUUCUUCACCGUCGAACCUCUUCUACAUCUAGCUCGGGUCUUGGACAAGCUCAUUACUCUGCUGAGGAUGAUGCAGACUCUAUGAGCGACGUUCCCUUUCACGAAAAAUCUUCGGAACAGGAGCGGGAGCACAACAGGCUCACUGUUACCUCCAGAUUUAAAAAGACCCGCAACCGUGCCAGUCUUCCUGCAUAUUUUUCUCUUUUGCAGGUCAGCUCUCCCCAACACAGUUCGCCGCCACUUUCCACUAGUUCAGGAAACACAGUCAAUCGUGCUUCUCCCCCCACACCAAAAUUAGCAUCAUUGCUAGCAGUCUCUGGCAUUCGCCAUGCUCUGGAAGCGACGCCUCGCGGGCGGCGACGUGAGCCUGACACGAGUCGCUCCAACUCCCGUUCUCGUGCACGCCAGCAGACCCUGGUUCCCGGCCCCCGCGAACGCCAGGAUAGCUACAGCAGUGUUGAAAAAGUCUUUGAUUGGACCUGUGCUCCGUUGCCUCGGGGUCGUCCAAGCGUACGACGCAACUCAUCGCCACUUCCAAAGAUGAUAUCUUCAAUACAGCAAUUCGAGGAAACACCCUUUGUUAAUUCCGAUGAGACACACGAACGCAGGGGCCGCUUCAAGCGCAACGAACUUGGAGGACCAAGUUCGCGCGAUGCACCUGGCUAUGGGAAUGGCAGGAGUGGCUUGCGAGAGCGGGUGCGAGAGCGCCAGCGUGGUGUUGGUGCCAGUCCUCUUUAACCGGAACUUCUCAUUUCUCGAUAUCCAUACCACGCCCAUAUAUUUUUGCACCUCAGGCGUGACAAAAGCAACGACCCGAGUAAACGACCUCCUCGGCCCUGCCUACGACCAUGAUCGACUCAACUCUAUCGCUUCAACAUCGUUUUCUCGUCACAUUGCACCAAAAAAACCGCACCGGCUCUGCAAUUGCCCUUCUAUAUCGACCAUACGUAACAUAUCUAGCAUCAUCAAAGUACACGACAGAACUUCUUAGUAGUAGUCGCAGAAAACUUACGGAAACAGCACGCAUUCUUCGUCUUCGCAUCACCAUUCAUUACUUAUUCGUGGUCGUCACAUUUAAAACUAGCAUUCAUCGUACCAUUUAGCAUCGACUUUCACCAUUCUGUCUUUACUAGUCGUUAGCAUCAGAACGAGGGGAAUCAUUAUUAAGUACCAAACAUUGCUCUA